AUGCAUAGGAAGAAAAACCGAGAAACUCACAACGCAGUGGAAAGGCAUCGAAAGAAGAAGAUUAACUCUGGAAUAAAUAAAAUUGGAGAACUUAUUCCAUGCUCUCCCGCCUUGAAGCAGAGUAAGAACAUGAUACUAGACCAAGCAUACAAGUAUAUCUCCGAGCUGAAAAGGCAGAAUGAUGAAAUUCUAUUGAAUGGAGGAACCAAAGAGCAAGCUGAAGAAAUUGUAAGGCUUCGGAAGCAGUUGAAUGAGCUACAAAAGGAAAAUGACCGUUUUGCAGAGUUACUGAAAGCCAAUGACAUCUGCUUGCACGAUGACCCUACCAUUCAUUGGAAGAGGAAAUUCAAAAGUACAAAAGUUACAAUGGUUAUUUCUUCCAACCAAAUGCAGGACGAUAUAUUAGUCUACACAAAUGGAACCCAGUUAAAUGGAAAUUGCCAGCAGGCUGCGGUACAGAGUUCGCCAGAACAGGCUCUGACCUCUGUGAACAAUACUACACCAGAAACAUGUCUUGAUAUAAUGGAGCCUAUGGCAAUGCCUGAUAUUUGUCCUUUAACAAAUGGCGCUCGACUUCCGACACUGGUUGCACAGCAGGAAGUUCCUGAAUGUCUUCCUACAACCAGGCCUUGUCUGAACACUGUUCAGUGUAACACCACCUCCAGUAGCAGCACUGUACCGAGUGUGCUGAAUGUUUCUAGUAACUGCCCUGGACAGGAAGUUCUUCAGUCCUCCCUUCGCAACUGUGCAUCAACCACUUUAGCUUGUUGUAUGAACACUUCUGCACAAAUUGAACUGGAACAUUCUACAGGCAAUUUUGUGCAGAAUACCUUGGAAACUGCCAACAGCCAUCCUACACAGAGCGUUCUCAGUGUUACUACUAAUACUUGCUUUGCCUUGCCAUUGCACUCUCAGCAGAUCGGUAUGCCAUGUGCAGGGGUGGAGAACCCCAGUGGGAUGACACCACAGUCAUUUUUGGCGUCAUCAUCUGUGAGUAGCCAGAGACCUGAGAUGAUAUCAACAAAGUUUCCUGUUACUGAAUAUUCUCAAAAUAUGUUGGCAUCACAUGUUUGCCAAAAUGCUCCAGUGUCAGUUGGUGGUCUUGUUGUUACAUCACCAUCAUUCAAACUGAGGACAGUGUCUAAUGGAGGUAUGAUGUCUAGUGCAAUGGCCAGCUCAUGGACUGUCUGUUACCCAGCCUGUACAUAUACUGGCAUUUCAGACUCAAACAGUGUUAGUACGUUUUCACGCAUGAGUUCUGCAGGCAAUACACAAACAACAUGGACUACGUUACAGUUAGCAGGCAAUACUGUGCAUCCUGUCAGUCAGGGGUGCUGUAGUAUGUUGCCAGUGCCAGUAAAUGAAAAUCCGAGCGCCCGAAGUACAUUCUCCAUUUCAGAAAGUGGCCAACUGUUUAAUAAUGUCACUGUAGUUCCUUCAGGUACAACAGCAUAUGAGGGGGUUUCACUCUCUUCCACAUGCAAGCAACUCAAGCAGCAGACGGCAGUUACUAUGCAGCCUCCCCUACAACCUCUACCCUUGCAGUCAGUUCUAGCGCAGCCACAAAUUCCAGUCCGGUCAGCUGCCAAAAUGGUCUCAUUGCUUCCUCCCUUGCAAGUAAUUCAGAUGACCCGCCCUGCAGGGACAUCUGUCUCUUCCACUCCCAAUAAUCCGAAUCUGAUCAUCCUCCAGCCAGCUAAUCCCACCUCACCUGCUGUAGUGAGAGGUGCCCUCAACAGUCAGGCACCAGGUCAGCAAAUUGUUAUUAUACAAGCAGCCAAUCAAAAUGCUGUAUCCGUCGUCCCAGCUCAAACGAGUAAUAGGUUACCAACCCUUGACUCCAGUCAAUUGAUAUGCAGCAACGGGAACACACAGAACACUCCUAAUAUUCAGACAGUGGGAGGGAAGCACCUUGUUCACAUAUUGCCACGGCCUGUAUCUUCAUCUGCUUCCACGAGCUCUCAGCCCUGCACUACAGUGGGAUCAGGCCAGCAGCAGCAGCAGCAGCAGCAGACUAUCUCUGUCAAUGGUCAGUUAUUUGCUCUGCAGCCACUAAAGCAGUCAGGGGUGUCCAGCCAGAACACUAUGCAAAUCAUUCAGCCAACAACCAGUGCCGAUCCAAAUACCAAUGUGGCUCUUAACACUUUUGGCGCAUUGACAAACCUCAGCCAAAGUAUCUCACAGAUGGCAGAGCAAGGGGGCUUACAACUGAGUAAUGACCAGUCACCCAGUUCUUCAGCUCCUGCCAAGGGCCAGGUUAUUAGUGGCAACACCUCUGCAUCUGACACCACGAUGGCCAACACAAGCACAGAUAUUUCGAGGGCAUCAUUGUGGCACACAAGCAGUUCAUGCUCCAAAACCUCCCCUCUUGGACCACCCUCUAGCUGUAAAACUAAAAAGCUGCAAAAGAAACCCCUCUCUACAAAACAAGGAGCCGCAAGGAAGACCACAUGUACAGGGAGCAAAUCAAAGGUGGCUGCCAAUUGCAAUCAAAAUAACAAAUUCAUUAAAGAUAUUUCAUUGCAUUCACUAACCAGCGAUGAUCAAAUUUCAUCAUCACAAGGGUUAAUAUCCCAACAAUCAUCACUGUCUCAGAUUCCAACAUUAGUGGUAGCUACAGCGGUCACUUCUGUCCCUUCACAGGAAGCAGUGGACACCCAGCAACCAGCGGCCAGACUGUCUCAACAUGUACACCCACCACAUUUAACAGGACCAGCAGUGGCUGAAUCAUUCUCUCAAGAACAGCCUGACAUACUGUCAGAAAUUUCAGCUGCAUCAACAUUAGUUGUAUCAUUACCAUCUUCUUCAUUUCGAGGUGAUUUGCUAAAGAAUGUUUCAUGUGUACCAUCCUCCCCGUGUGUAAUCACAGAUGUAUCAACAUCAGUUCCAACGUCAUCACUGUACAGUUCAAAUGCAGCUCUUCAAGCAUCAAGAGCAUUUUCAAUAGACAAAGGCAGUGACUUGGUGGAUUUGCAAACUGCUGUAGCAAAUGUUUGUCACACACCUGGGAUUACUGGUGUUUCUGCACAGUUAGAAUCUCUUGAAGCAGCACAGCAGCAGUGCAGCGGGUGUGACAAAGAAAAGAUCCAAGACUGGCACAAAGGGCGAUUAGAAAUGAGCAAGUUUGCAACAACUAAAGAAGUUAGUAAUCAAGUCAGCAGUAACAUGAUUCAUGGAAUGACACACGGAGAAAAAACAUCAUCGAAUGAGAAAAGCUCCUUGCUCUCUUUUGUGAAAGAUUCCUGUGCUGACAGUGAGCUCUGUGUUGACAGUUCUAGAGAGACCUCGGCCAGCAUGUCGUUUUAUGAAAAGGACGAACCCCAUAAAGACAUUUUGCUGGUAAGCACAGAGAUUGAAAGUGGUGUGCAGCAGCAGCUGUGCAACCCUGAUCAAGAUAGUAUGGCAGGUUCCUUAGUUUCGCACCGGCAGACUGAGUCACCCAUGUCCACCAGCUCAGGCAGUAGCCGUGGCUUUUCUGUUGCCUCCAUGCUGCCAGACACCACCCGAGAGGAUGCAUCUUGCAUCAGUACAAUGUCCAACACCUUUAAUAACUACAACUUAUCUGAGCCAAAUGACAUUGUCGCCCUUGCUGCUCGAGCAAUCUUCGAACAUGGAAGUCCAGGCAAAAAUUUGACUUCAGACGUUACUGUAUGUGAUGUUCAGGCCAAAGCUCAGAAAAUUCCCUUUGCAGAUAAAGAAGUGUGUGCAAGUCAACAGUCUGUUAAAAGCCUGAGUGUUAAAGAGAAUAGUCCAAACUUCUCAGAGGCUAGUGCAGCUGAAGGUCAAGUACAACAAUCACUGCCAGUGGAUACCAACUCAAAAGGAAUGCCCAUUACUAAGACUUCAAGUUCUGUUGUAAAAGAACUCUCAAAUAUGCCACUGAUUUGCAAAUCUUCUGGCUCUGCUAACCUGAGUGUUAUUAACCAUGCCUGUCACAGUGAAGCUAAUCAAAUGCGUGUCUGCUCUUCAGGUGAAACCCUACUUGCAGAGCAGCUUCCAGUCUGUGCUCCAGCUGAUCUUUGUAGUGAAGCCACUACAUAUACUGAACAGUCUUCCCAACCCACCCUGUUAGCAGAAUAUUCUCACGAGCAGCUAGAUUCUGUGAAAGGUAACUCGCACUCUUCUCUUGUUUUGGAGCCACAUUUGAAGCAAAGCAAUGAGAGUCGAAAAGAUGCAACGAAACGGACUGGGCCAGAUGACCACUUGAUCUCAACAGCAAAGAGACAAAAGCAAUGCCAGAAUGCAGCCAUGAAACUUGAAGGAAAGUCCGCGGUAAGUACAGUUCCAGAACAACGUAUUUCCGAAUGUGGUCAAACAUUUAUCAGUCAGUUGCCAACAAAUUCUUCAAGUUUAUUAGUCUCAAGUAGUAAUCCAGGACACGCAGAUCGUCUUAGCCCUUUGUUCCCACCAACUAACUUCCCAACUUCAAAUGCGACUGAAACUUUAAGGCCAACAGAAGCUCAUUGCAACGUACAGCCGCGAAUGCAGGAGGGACAAGGACAACAGCUGCAGCAGCAUGUGGUAUCCCAGCAGACGGUCUCCUCGCAGACUGGCCUGAAUGUGCACCAUGGUCACAUGUAUUACAAACACCAUCAGGGGCAGAUACGAGAAAGAAAUUUAUACCACCUCCAGCAUCAGCUUCCACACAAUGAGAGCUCAAUCCAGCCCCAUACUCAUGCUGCCCAGCAGUCCCGCACUGCACAGCAAGAAAUCCAAAUGCAGAAGAAACGAGGGGUCAUGCGAGGAAGUCAAGCUCCUCAACUAUCAAUGCAGCAAAAGCAACAUCCAAGUGGUAGUAGUCAAGGACGCCAGAAAGGGAAUCACCAUCAACAUCAUCCGCACCACCACCAUCAGCAACAACUUCAGCAAAUGCCACAUCCACACUUUGGAAAUUCACAACAAGAUAAAAGGUGUGACAAUUCUGUGACUAACAGAAACCAUCACAGCAGUCAUAAUCAGAACCUCCACAGCCAGGAUCUCAUGCACCAGCAGCAGCAGGAUAAUGCGAGAAGUGGGCCUCAGGGGUCCGUGACCCCUUCAGAACAAGCUGGGCAGUCUCGCAUCCAGAGGUUGUUAAGCUCAAGGUCAUUGGAUCAGCAGAUGGCUUCUAAAUCCAACGCUGUGUCGCGGCCUUCAGAAAUGCAGUUUACUUCUCACAGACAGGAGAGGAACAGAAUUUCUAGUUAUUCUGCAGAGGCUUUGAUCAGAAAAGUACCUUCAAAUGCAGAAUCCCGAAUGGGAAUGGCAGUGCAGAGCCCUCGAAAUAAUCUGGAGCAGUCUGAAAUGCGAACCUAUCUUGAUUUAUCAAUAAACAAGAACCUGCCUGUUCACAGCUUGCACACUAAGUUGUCUCUGGACCAUUGCAUAAAUUCUGAAGUUCAAAGCCUUCCUGACUGUCCUCCUUUUAAAGUGAACGUGACAACUCAAGGUGUUGGCACUUUUGAGGUGCAGUCAUCAAGGGGUAAUGAGAUGGUUAAUAGUAUGCCAGCACACAGAGGAAUGCAGUCACAUGGCUUCAAGCUGGGGCAGGGUACAGUGACUGAGAGGCAAGCCAGGUUGCCUUAUUUGCCAAUGCAAGGCAUCUCAUCAGGAAGUGGAGUUUCUUUAAGGGAGAAUGAAGGUUCCUGCCAUCAGAGCUUCAUGCAAAGUCUACUAGCUCCUCCACUCAAUGAGCAAAUAGGUCCAAGCCAAAGGUCAGUGUCAGAACACCCAAGGAACACACAGUGUCUCCCUCCAGCAACUAUUGAAUACAGUUGCCCAUCUGCAAGAGAAGGAGUUCACAUCAGAAGGGAUGGUGAGCUGCAGAAUCGUGAAAGCUGUGACAUGACUUUAGGUGCACACAGUUCAAGAAACAGCUCUUUAAGCAUCUCCUACUCAAAUCCUUCCUCUGUGGCAGACAGUCAGGGCCGGAACACUAGUCCAAAUGUGUCAGCUCAGAAGAACUCCCUCAGAAUGAACGAAAGUCAAGGAAGUAAGUGUCACCCAAAUUCACAGGUCUCUCCCAAUGUGCAUGGAGCGGUUAGACCAGUGAUGUCUCAUGCUACAGUUUCCCACGGUGGGAAUGAACAAGGGCACUCAAUUCAGCAGCCCAAUUCCUCAGGGGUUACCCAGCGUGUACGUCACCCAGCCCAGGAGGGGUCAGCUUCCAAAAUGCGGCAGACUGAUCGAUCUCGCUCUGGGAACCACAGAAGUGGGAAUGUUUUUGAGCAUGGACUUCAGUUGCCCCUAGCGUCUAGUGGCAGCAUGAUCCUUGGUCGUCAGCAGCCAGUGGGGGCUCGGACAGGAAGCAUUGUGCGUUUUAUGACUGAUGGGCAGCAAUUACCAAACGAUAAUUUAACUCCUGACCAGCACUCGCUAUCUCAGAACUUUGGAUUCCCCUUCAUCCCAGAAAGUAGCAUAAAUCCUCCAAUUAAUGCAAACCCAUCAUUCAUUCCUCCGGUAACCCAGCCGGGUGCAAAUCGUACCCCAGCACUCAUACCAGUUGAACCACAGAAUCCUCUGUCCUCAUUUUACCCUCCAUACUCUCCAGCUCAUCCCAACCUUUCCAAUGACCUCUCCAUCCCCUACUUUUCCAAUCAGAUCUUCAGCAGUCCAAGCACGGAGAAAGCCAACACUGGGGGACUUAACAACCCAUUUGGGUCCAUUCUGUCUCCCCCUCGGCCAGUUGGCUUCCCUCAACCAAACUUUCCCCUUCUCCCUGAAAUCCCAGCCAGACCUAUGGCCAACACUUCUAGCAUCACCCCACACCUCUCCAACUUCAACCUCACCACUCUCUUCCCUGAAAUUGCUGCUGCUCCCCUUGCCCCAGAUAGUACAGCCAUGCCCAUGUCACCUUUGUUGCCUUUAACCAACCCAGCUCUUUCAGACGUCUCUAAACAACACUCGAACCGAUCUGCUCAUAAUAUAAGUCACAUACUGGGCCACGAUGGUAGCUCUGCUGUGUAGGAUUGGAUGCUGCUUAAUCUUUAUUUUUGUGGGACUGUUAUAGUUGCACGUGUUUUAUUGAGUGGUCAGGUGGAUUACAAUCUGUUUGUGGGUAUUAGUUGUCCACCUGUGAAGUCCAAAAAUGAUCACUACCCUUCCUCCUGCCAGACCCAGCAUCACCACAAUCUUUAGUUUUGUCUCCUUAAACAUACACUAUGUUGACAUAUGCAAGAUACUUUCUGUUUGCUUUCAUUUGCAGACAUAUCUCAGUGGGGCCUUUGAGGUGAGUGAAUUGGACAGGAGGAGGAUGAAUACAGCUAUAAUCUAGUGGUCAUCUACUGUUACUGAUACAAAACAUAUUUGUGUGCCACACAAAGUGCUGUUAAUAAGGACAAUUUUCGGAACCCGCAGGCAGCAUAAUGUGUCUUGUAUAUAUUGUAUUAGUAUAGGUUUGCAAUAUAUUAAUGGUUCAAGGCAUUCAUAGGACUGAAUAAGCAUUAAUUUGUAAAUAGGUGGGAAAAUGAUUAGCGCACCAUCAUGGCAGCAAGUAUUUGUUGGGUCUGAUGUUGAAACAUUAUUUUGAGCACAGAGUACUAUUACAGUUUGUGACUAGCAGCUUACCUUGCUGCUUUGCCUGUGUAAGAAGAGUGAGUUUUAACACAAGCUUUUGGCUUUUUCAUAAUGUCCCAAACAUAAGUCAUGCUAUUAUAAAACUCGUGGAAGUACAAUCAGUUUCUCGAUUAGGAUAAAUCUCUUCAUGAAUUAUGCCCAUUAAAUCAAAUUUGCCUGAGUAAGUUUACUUAAUUAGACAAUCGAUUGCUCCCCCCACCCACUCAUGUAUUUAAAAUUCUUCAGACAAGUCAGGCUGCCAUUAACUCAAGGUGAAGGGUAGACAGAGGGGAAACAUUUUAAUACAGAAUUUAUUUUGUGGAUGAGGUGCUGAAUAAUUUGAGUGUUGUACAAGAUAUUUAAAUAAAAGU